AUGGUCACCUGUGCAGGAAAUCUCCGAGGCCGACGGGGAUGGAGGGUGAUCACGUCUUUGCAGAGGGCCGCGCUGAGCCUCUCCGAGCAGCUUCUGGAGCAGCAGAGCGGGGCGCAGGGAGUGCAAAGCGUCCCCGGGUGCAAAGCGGCCCCGUGGCGCAACGGCCCGCCCCGGCCCCGCCCGCUGCCGUUGCUACGAUACGGCGAGGCGGCCUCGGCACCGCCGCGGCCUCGGGCUGCCACAGCUCCGGUCCCGGCCGCGGCCCGGCCCCUGCCCGCCGGCACCAUGGCUGAGGAAAAGUCUGGCAAACCAUAUCUAGAAGAAAGUGCAUUUGAAGCACUGGAAAAAGACUUCCAAGAAGUCAUCAAUCUACUUAAGGGAGAUAAAACUCUGGAGAAGUUCCGAAUAGAAUAUGAGAAGCUCCAUGGUGUUCUGAAGAAGUCUCACGAAAAUGAAAAGCGUCUUAUGGAGAAAUGCAGGGAGCUGAAUGCUGAGCUUGUGGUGAAUUCAUCUAAAGUAACUGCGCUCACAAAGCUCUUGAAAGAUGAUCAGGGAACUAUAUCAUCACUGAAGACGGAGAUUGAAAAGGCCUGGAAAAUGGUGGAUACAGUCUAUGAAAAGGAGCAGAAAGCAAAGGAGACAAUUAAUUCACUGCAAGGGGAAAUUGCACGCCUAACUAAUCUAGUGGAGCAAGGACAGUCCCAAGAACAGGAGUACAGUAUCCAGGAUUUGCUAAAACUUAAGGAAGAGGUAACAAAGGAACGAGACCAACUGUUGUCAGAAGUUGUGAAGUUACGUCAAAGGGUAACUGAAGCCACAGAGCAGCAGCAGGAUACAGAGAGGGCAAAGCAUGAGGCAGAACAGUCUGUUAAGCAGCUUGAGCAAGAAAUCCAGCUGCAUCAGAAUGAGGCAUCACGAGAGGCUCGAAAGAAGGAAAAAAUGGAGAAGGAGCUGAAAAAUCUUCUAGCGGAAAUGGGUAACAAGCAAGCUGAGAUCAAGAACUUACAGGAACACAUACAGAGGACAAAAGAGGAACAAGUGAAAAUGGAACAGUAUCUAAAAGAUCAGAAGAUCUUGAAUGAAAGAGCUAAUAAGGAACUUGAGCAAGUUCAGAUGAAAAAUACUAAGCUCAUGCAAGAGAGUGAGCAGCACAAUGUGAUGUUUGAAGAGGUAAUGAAGGAUGUCCAGCAAAAGACAACAGAACUGAAAGCCAGAGAAGAUGAAGUGACUCAGCUGCGCCUUGAAAUUUCAAAGCUAAACAAAGUAAGAGAUGUUCUCCAGAAUAAGCUGCAUAUUGCAGAAGAACAAAAAGUUGAUGCUGGACAUGAGAGAAACACCCUUAGAAAUCAAAUAUCUGUACUGGAGAGAGAGCUGGAAGCUGCCAAAAAGCAGGCAGAGAUUGACAAGAAAGCUGUAGAUGAGCUUUUGAGGCAAAGGGAUAUGCUAAGCAAGAACUUGGUCAAGGCUACCGAUGCCUAUCAGAAACAGAUAAAUUUGGUGAAGCUUCAUGAACAGUCAGUGAAGAAACUAGAAGAAGAAAUUAAAAAUUAUAAGAACGAAGCUCAGAAACAAAGGAAGAUUAUUUAUCAACUAGAGAAGGAGAGAGAUUGUUUCAUCAAUGAAAACAAUGAGCUCAAACAGAAGGUCAUCCAGCACCUGAAAGAUCUUGAAAUACAAGAAAUGCAGAUCUGUGACUGUAAGAAGAAAAUAGAAGAGUCUGAGAUUAAAUUAAAACAACAACAAAACAACUGUGAAGCUGUGAGAACAGAGAGAAACCUGUACAGUAAAAGUCUGAGUGAAGCUAAGGAUGAGCUAGCAGAAAUGAAGAAGAGACUGAAAACUGCGACACAUCAGGUGGAUCAGCUGAAAGAGGAGAUUGCAAACAAAGAAGCAGCCCUUGUGAGUGAACAUCUAGAACAUCAGCAAACAGAGAAGGAGAAGGAAUCAUUGAAAGCUGAAUUGCUUAAGAUGAAAAAACAGGCUCUGGAAACAAAACACUUUAUAGAAAAUCAGGAGGCAGAAGAGAGAAGACUCCUAAAAAUCAUUGCUGAAGCUGAUGCUGAGAGGCUGAAACAGAUGAAGGAGUUUGACCAGGUUAUCAAUGAGAGAGAUAUCCUAGGCACCCAGCUUGUUCGGCGCAAUGAUGAAGUGGCUCUGCUCUAUGAAAAGAUAAAAAUUCAGCAGUCCAUCUUAAACAAGGGUGAAAGCCAGUACCGACAGAGAAUGGAAGACAUCCGACUUCUCAAGCUGGAAAGCAAAAGACUUCGGCGUGAGAAGGGGAUACUUGGCAAGAGCGUUGCUAAUGUGGAGGAGCUCAGACAGGAGGUUCAUCACAUGCAGAAGGAGCUGUUAAGGGAACAGACUCGGUGCAAACUUUUGGAAGAACAACUGGAGAAUCCCUUGAAUGUUCACAGAUGGAGAAAACUGGAGGCAAGUGACCCAAGUACCUAUGAGUUGAUUCAGAAAACACAGAGACUACAGAAGCAGCUUAUCAGCAAGACAGGUGAAGUGAUAGAGAAAGAAAUGCUCCUUCAGGAGAAGGAGAAGAUGUACGUGGAACUGAAGCUUGUCUUGGCCCGGCGGCCUGGACCUGAAGCCGCAGAACAGUUGCAGCUGUACCGGCACACUCUCCGAGAGAAGACUAAGCAACUGAAAGUUUUGUCCUCAGAAUUGAAUAUGUAUGAAUCACAGAGCCAAGAAUACAAAUAUAAAAUUGAAAGACUUGCCAACGAGCUUCUGAAUGUGAAAAAGAAAUACCUGGCUCAGAAACGCAAGGAGCAGCAGGCCAAGGAGAAGGAGCGAUUCUUGGCUGACACAGCGCCUGAGUUCCCACACCACAGCCCUGAUGCUCCUCGCUUCACCGGGGGAUCUUUGCUCUCAGCAGACCCCUUCCCAAAGUUUAUGGCUAAGGAGCGGACCCAUCACAUUCCCAGUCCCUUGCUAAACUCUGUUUGUGCUGGGUUAUUUCAGAAACUGUAA